AUGCCUGGGCUGCCCAUGAGCGUGGCCCAGUGCCAGAAGCGCUUCAAGAUGCUGCAGUCGCGGCAGGCCACCAGGAGCCAGAUCACGGCCCUUGAGGACAAGGCGCAGCAGGUGUUCGCAUCGCUGACUCAGCGCACCCUGAGGCUCAAGCAGGAGCUGAUGCGGCUGGCCAAGGCGCGCCGCUUCAGCAAGAAGCAUCCGCAGAGGGAGGAGGUGCUGGACCAGGUGGCGCGCCAGACCGUGCAGCAGGUGCUGGACGCGCAGCAGCAGCAGCAGCGUGAGGAGCUUGCUGAGGUGGGGGCUGAGGAGGAGCAAAGAGGCGGGGCCGGCCUGCAGCAGCAGCAGCAGCAGCAGCAGCAGCCAGCCAAGGCGCUGACGCCUGCGAGCGGCGGGAUUGACGUCGCUCUAGUGGGGCCCCUGGAGCUGUCCGCGGGCGGCGAGAUCAUACUGCUGCCCGGCCCGGAUGAGCUGCCGCUGAUGAAUGAGAUCCGCGACGCCAUCGCUCACAUGGAGGGCUUCCGCAGCGGUAGGCCAGGCGGCGACAGCGGCCGGCCCGGCAGCUCGCGGCGGGAGCGGGGCCUUGCGCCUGAGGGUGAGCGGCGGCGGCGCAGGCGGCAGAAGCGGGCUGCGGGCCAGAACGACGGCGCACCGGCUGCGGAUGAGAUGCGCGACAGCGACGAGGAGAGCGGGGGCGAUGGCCAGGGCGUCCGUGGCGGCGGCGGCGGGACGAGCGACACCGACUGGGGCGCGGCGCCGCUGCGGCGCCGGCGGCGCGGCUCGCCGGUGCAGCGCUUCCCGGACUUCCGGACCGUCGCGCAGCUGGUGGCCUCCUGGCGCUGCCACACGCCCAUCGCGGCCCGCGGCGACGCCGUGCCACAGCACGCUGCGACGGCAGACGCGGCGACCCCGGGGGUUGGCGGCGAGGCGCUGCUCGGCGAGCGCGCCGCCGCGGAGGCCGCCGCGGCGGCCCCAUCUGCGGGCGCGCUCGCGGCCGCCGCGGCGGAGGGCGACGCGGCGCCGCCGCUGCCCGUAAUCGUCGCCAUGCGGCUCAUCCAGUUGCGGACGCGUUCCGCUGGCUGCGCGCUCUUGGGUGGCUGA